AAUGAAAUAAUUAAGCCAACAAUAGCCGGCAUGUUAGACAUCAUGAAAGCAUGCCUUGAUGCAAAGGUUAAGAGACUGGUUUUCACUUCAUCGGCUGGAACUGUUGAUGUUGCGCCAGAAGGAAAGUCCUUAUAUGAUGAAUCUUGCUGGAGUGACAUUGAAUUUUGCCGGACUGUAAAGAUGACUGGAUGGAUGUAUUUUGCCUCCAAGACUCUUGCCGAGCAAGUGGCAUGGAAAUUUGCAAAAGAACACGACAUGAACUUCAUUACUAUUAUUCCAACGCUCGUGAUUGGCCCAUUUCUUAGUCCCACUAUGCCUCCAAGUCUCAUCACCGGACUUGCACCAAUCACCAGAAAUGAAGCUCACUAUUUUAUCCUAAAGCAUGGACAUUACGUUCACUUGGAUGACCUCUGCGAAGCUCAUAUAUUUCUGUACGAGCACCCUAAAACUGAGGGACGUUACAUUGCAAGUUCACAUAAUACUACAAUCUAUGAGCUUGUUAAAUUGCUCAAGGAAAAAUAUCCUGAGUAUAAUAUUCCCACGAAGUUCAAAGGCUUUGAAGAGAACAUAGAAAAUGUGGAGUUCUCUUCAAGGAAGUUGAAGGAAUUGGGUUUCCAAUACAAAUACAGCUUGGAGGAUAUGUUCGUUGGAGCAAUUGAGACAUGUCGUCAAAAGGGGUUGCUUCCACUUGCUCAUGAUGAAAGCAAGCCCAAUGGCAAGCCUAAUGGAGCGGCCUAAGAGGAGAAAUAUAUAAUAUGCCAAUUAUCGUAAUCUAAUUCCAAUAAUUAAUCCCCGAUUAUAAAAAAAAUAAAGUUGUUUUCGGGAUUUUAUUUUAUUUUAUUUUUCAUUUUGUGUUGAGGGUCAUCUGCAGGGUGGAGGUGCCGGUCGUGUGGAUUUCUUCCUUUUAAUUUUUUUGUAUUUUUAUAUAUUUGAGUGUGUGGGACUGGUAUGAUACGUAACUAUAUGUGUAUGUUUAAAUUCUCGUUAUAUUCCUUUUUUUUUUUAUCGGUGCGAUGACAAAACCGACCUUAAGUACCCCCGAAAG